UGUCACUCCAUCACUGGCGAACUCCUCUCUAUAGCCACGAACGCGCAGCUCCUUCUCGUUCAAGCUAUGUUACUGCUGGAGAGAAACCCUUGUUCUCGAUACUAACUACGGAGGACCUAGAACAUAGACAUUGCGACGGCAUUGAGGCCAACGAUGAGCUCUGGCGCUCUUUUCGCCGAGAUCACAGCACAGAAUCCUAUAAUUCGGAUACAUAUUCUUCAAACUCCUCAUUCACACUGCAUGACAAUUAUCACAAAGGAGAAUCUGAAGAAGAAAUGCCCCCAAUCGGUUUCGAGAACGCGUCGAAUCUCCCAUCUUCGGCUUUCAUUUCUCCAAGUUCUUCUCUCCACCAAGUAUUCGAGCAAACCCUAGAAUCCUCUAUGCAAUCAACUCUCAUCGACUACCCUUCUGGAUUUUUCUUUUCCUUGGGCAUAGGCCCUGAAGAUGAUACUAUGUUUAUGCACGAUCCGUUCAAGUUUGAUUACGCACAAGACAAGAUUCCUCUCGGUCAAGACAAUCUACAAAUGGUUAAUGAGGACUCUGCUAUUUCCACCAACUCUACAACUGUCCACAACUCUACAGCACCUGACGACUCUGCUUCUCUUUCAUUGAACCGUGCUACUUCCGCCAAUUUCAAUAUCCACAAUUCUACAGCACCCGACGACUCUGCUUCUUUUUCUUUACCUUCUGAACGCGGAAUGAGCCGCGCGAUUCGAAUACAGUCUUCGUUGGACAUACUGCGCACAGGAAGGAUCAGCCCGGUAGAGUUCCUGACAGAACUGCUUGACGUGACUAAUCCAAGAAGCGCGCAAUUUCGCGGAAAAUUGUAUUCUAAGACGAACAAGAGGGUGGAUGACCUUUUGGAUAAGAUUGUCGAGGACCCCAUGGGAGAAGCACUGAUCGAGGAUUGGUUUCGACGUUAUGGUUUGAGAAAGAGAGAUUCGGUAUCGUCCAUUUCAUGCGGAAAAGAAAACAUAUUGCCCGGCACAGGACUUGGAAACGCUCAGUAUUAUCGUUGUGAUUGAUUCCGAUAAAGAGAGAUGGUCGAUCGGCGGCGUAGACUCUGCCAAAUGUGUGUAGAUUCUUGUAACUAUCCUUCCCACACAAUGCAGAUGCGCCUUGAUUCCGAGAUGGAUAUACCCAGACCAAUUGGACUCGGAGGUUCACCGGAAUCCUGGGUGAUGUUCAUUCGUCGUCUAUUUCAGAUGUCAGUGACAGGCGCAUCCUCUUAUCGCAAUACAGCUAAGUAUAUGGUGAUGCCGAAUAGGAUCU